UAAGCCAAACACAUGGCGUAAAGUUUUUUUUUAAUUUCAUUCAGUUUUAUGAAAACUUAGUGAAACAAUAGGCAAUCAUUUCGUCACUUGUUUUGUGGACCACUACUCGUAUAUAACGCUAAGACCUUAGACACCACUCAAGACAUGGAGAAUCAAGACAUUAACAACGAGUCAAACCCAUCGAAGAAGGCUCUGAAGAAGCAGCAGAAGGCGGCCGAUAAGGCUCUGAAGAAGAGUGAGAGAGCAGAGGCCAGGAAUGACACGAAGAUUGGCGAAGAGGGAGACGCCGAAGACGUGUCUCGCGGCAUGUAUGGCGUGUCACCGAUGAUCCGGUCCAGUGAUCGACCCAAACGCCAAUUGGUUGCCGUGAAAGACGUGAACAAAUCGUUGGACAAUAAGACGAUUUGGUUGAGAGGACGGCUGCACACG